AUGAUACCGCUGGCACUGAGACUGCCUAGAUCGACUAGAUCUUGUGGCGCACGAGUCAGAGCUGUCGCUUUGAAAGCGACGAGUCAUACGUCAAGCGCUCAUCGAGCACCAUUCUCCACUAGUGUCGCACGUCAUGAAGAAGUACAUCAAGAAACGUUCACGAAGCUCAAUACGCAGCCAUUCACUAAUCUUCCAACACCACUACCGAUGGAUGUGCGUGACAAACACGCAUCGCUCCGUCGACGUGGUGUGAAUGUGGCAAAUGCUGACCAGGACAACCUGAUCGGCACCUCGGCUGCAAGCGUGGAGCAUGCGAAUAUCGACGAGCUGUACUUUCCGACUACGCGUAGUGUUGAGACGCUGGCCUUGUUCCAGGCGUGUCUAUCCACUGGGCUGAUCGCUCGUGCUCAUAAACUUAUGCAAGAAAUGCGUGCCGAGGCGCAUAGUCGCCUAAAAGAGGUGUAUGAGGUGCAGCCGGAGCAAGGAACUGAUUCUUCUGAUCGCUUAUCGCCUAUUAUACCGUUAAAGCUCUGGUCCUACAAUGCAAUGCUUCAUGCCUACUUUGUCAAGGCAGCUGAGCCGGACGUCCAUGACACCAAGGUUUGGGUUACGCAUGCGUGGAACAUGUGGGAAAGUAUGAUGCGCCCAGAAGCUUUGCGUCUCGAUCCUCAGCCGGAUGCAUCUACGAUCGCAACGAUGGCUCUCGGCAUCGCUCACUUGCAGUCUCUCUCACUGUACCCACGGGGCAAGCCUACCUUCGUUCAACUUCUGCAGGAUACUCGGACACUCGGCGUAUCACUAGAUUCUGUCUUCUCCUCAUCUGUGCGACAGGGCGGCAUGCCUGCCGCUGAAAGCUCUUCGUCUUCUCUUCUGCAUGGUGCACAGAUCAAUACGCACGCGCUUGUGGCGCAGUUCCGUUCCGCUGCGUCAGUGCUUGGCGAUAAACAAGCGCAGAAAGAACUUGAUACGAUUGAAGAAAUCCUUCUUGCGAAUGAAGCGCGCUCGACUGAGCAUGACGCAUCGUCGUCCUCUUCAUCCUCUGCGGAUCAACGCGAGCAGCAGCAGCAGCACACACAAGUCGCGUCUGUGCGGCCCGUGCUGAAGAAGGACCAGGCCACGGACAUGUUGCAUAAGCCUUUUAAUCUCCAAACGCUGCAGGAAAGUCUUGCGACUAUGGAACAAGCUCGAAGACGCUCCUCUGACUUAUAUGAGCGCCAGCGAUGGCUCGAGCACUCUGCUCUAGAAGCGGCGCGCAAGCGGCUGGAACAUGACACUGAAAAGCUGCAGGAACUGGGGUUGGACUCGAGCAGGUUCCAGUCGAAGACAUUGCAAGCGUGGAUGUGGGACUGGUACCAAAAGCUAGAAGUGGCGCUGCGCAAAGACAUCGAGCGGCUGGGACGUCAGACGAGGCAUGCUGUGGCCUCUUCUAUGGAUGCGCAGCUGUAUCCAUUUUUGUGCUUGUUACCAGCGUCGAAGAUGGCCAUGAUCGUCAUUCUUGAGAUUAUGCGCAUGCAGGGCAUCAGUGGUGUGGCUGAUGGUAUCAAGACGACCCGUGCGCUGAUUACCGUCGGUAAAGCCAUCGAGACAGAGUACAGUGCCGUCAUGCUAAACAAGCACCCUGAAAUCUUCGUCCAAGCGCGAGCAGCCCAGCAGAUGCUCGGCAAACGCAGCUUGAUUGACCUUGCCGCGCGACGUGAUUUGAAGGCAUGGCAGGAGCGAUGCCGCGAAGAGAAUAUCGAGACCAAUGUGCCGAAGUGGACACAAAUCAUUCGCGCGCGUGUGGGCAGUUUCCUUGUACAGCAUCUGCUCGAUGUUGCCACCGUGCACCGGAAGGCGUAUGACCGCGACGGCGAGCUUUGGGAGGAAGACCAACCAGCGUUCUAUUCAGCAUAUGAAUACAUUCAGGGUAAAAAGCUUGGUGUUAUCCGUCUGAAUGAAGUCGUGUCGCAGCGUCUCGAUAAGGAGUCCGUGCGUGAAACACUGCAUCCACGGCACCUACCGAUGCUUGUACCGCCGCGUCCAUGGCUUUCGCAUGAUUCCGGUGGCUACUACUCCAUGAAGACGAGCGCUAUGCGGUAUAAGGACUCGGUCGAGCAGAGCUCGUACUUGCGUGCAGCCUCCGAGAACCAUGGCUUGGAAGUUGUCCUGGCCGGACUCGAUGUGCUCGGCAACACGGCCUGGAAUGUGAACAAGGAGGUGUUUGAUGUCGUUCUGCAAAUCUGGAACUCGGGCGAGGCCCUUGGCGACCUACCGCCGGCCGAAAUGACCGAUCCAGAGCCUGAACGUCCACCACCGGAUGACAUCAAAGCGAAAGGCAUCUACCUGCAGCGGCUUCGCCAGUGGAAUACCAUCCGAUCGUCGAACCACUCGCAACGUUGUGAUAUUAAUUACAAGCUGGAAAUCGCGCGCAGCUUCCUCAAUGAACGUUUCUACUUCCCGCACAACAUGGACUUCCGUGGUCGGGCGUAUCCAAUUCCGCCACACUUGAACCACAUCGGCAAUGACCUGUGUCGUGGCUUGCUCAAGUUCGCCGAGGCCAAGCCACUGGGCGAGAAAGGGCUUCGCUGGCUGCGGAUCCAUCUCGCGAAUGUGUGGGGCUAUGACAAAGCGAGCUUCGCCGAACGUGAACAGUUUACCAUUGAUCAUGAGGCGGACAUCCGGGACUCGGCAACGAAUGCAUACCAUGGCAAGCGAUGGUGGCUGCAAGCUGACGACCCAUGGCAAUGUCUCGCGACAUGUAUUGAGCUCACGAAAGCGUGGGACUAUCCGGAUGGGCCAGAAGCUUUCCCAUCCCAACUCCCUGUCCAUCAAGAUGGCACCUGCAACGGUUUACAGCACUACGCUGCACUGGGCGGCGACUUGCAGGGCGCGAAACAGGUGAAUCUCCGCGGCGGCGAUCGACCUGCUGAUGUGUAUACGGGUGUUGCUGAGCUUGUCAUUGAGCAGCUGAACCGGCGCGCCGAAGAAGGUGAUCCUACUGCACAAUUGCUUAGGGGCAAAGUCACGCGCAAAGUCGUCAAGCAGACGGUCAUGACGACUGUGUAUGGCGUGACUUUCAUCGGCGCUAAAAACCAGGUGAUGCGCCAGUUGGUAGACCGUGGCGACACGCCAGCCGAAGAGGUUUGGACCGCAGCAUCAUACCUAGCCAAGGUCAUUAUGGACUGCAUCGGUGAUCUGUUUUCAGGUGCUAAUAUGAUCCAGGACUGGCUCACUAUCACCGCGCGCAUGAUUGCAAAAAGUAUUCCGCCAGAGCGCGUUCCAUAUGCGCAAAUGAAAGUGACACGCAAGGGAUCUAAGGCUGAUCCUGAAGCACACACGAAACGCCCAUCUGUCACGUCCCGCGAGGGUCGUGAGCAAAUGACGUCUGUCAUUUGGACCAGUGCGCUCGGCUUGCCCGUGGUGCAGCCGUAUAGACGGAUCAAGAAGCACCAAAUCACCACAGCCGUACAGUCUGUGUACAUCCGUGACCCUAACCAAAACUUUGAGGUGAACACGUCCAAGCAAGCUUCUGCCUUCCCACCCAACUUUAUUCACUCUCUCGAUGCCACGCACAUGUUCCUCACGGCGCUUGAGUGUCAUUCUGCCGGCCUCGUGUUUGCUAGUGUGCAUGACAGCUAUUGGACGCACGCCUGCGAUAUUGAUACCAUGAGCGACAUUAUUCGCGACACUUUCGUGCGCUUGCACUCGCAGGACAUUCUCGUCCGUCUACGCGACGAGUUUCUCCAGCGCUACAAGGGGUACAAGGUACCGGCAUCAUCACUAACAGGAAGCACCAGUGCGCGUAUGCGUGCGAAGACGAAAAUGAUGAUGGGAUUGAGUGAAGAUGACGACGGCGAGCUCGGUCUUACGAAUGAACCUGGAUCUAUGCUUGACCAUGACAUCGACGGCGAGGCAGACGACGACACGGACGGUGAUUCCUCUGUGGCUGACAAGCCUAUUGACAUUCCCUUGGCCCAUCGUUCAAUCAAGCCUGAUGCUCAUGGCUUUUACGAAUUGGCCGACUUGCUUCCUCCCAUUCCCAAAAAGGGCGAUUUUGAUGUGUCGGAAAUCAAGCGUUCCCUGUACUUUUUCAGUUAA